AAUGUUUUCGAUAAGCCACGCAAUAACAGGGUUGCUGAAAAAUACACCCUUCCGGAAAUGUAUAUUUUUCCGGGUUUUCAAUUUCUUUCCAUAGGAAAGAUUAAUUCGCGCACACAAUAUAACGUUACAUUUUUCUAGCACAGAUUGUCAUCAUUAUUUGUAAAUGAUGAAUUUGAUAAAUGUUUUUUUUUUACAGAAAUGGGGAUCCAUAAAAUGAAUCUUUAUAAGAAGAGAACAUUUUGCAGUAUCUGAAGAACUGCUUGAUCGGAGAAUUUAAGCAAACGAAAAGACAACAUAUCCAUGAUGAGAAUCGUUAUAAGCGGUGCGAGCGCGCGAACAGGAGUGGUUGUGUUGGUGGUGGCGAGCAGCGCCGGCGUGUCGGCGCGCGUAGCUGGCAAGGUCGGCGGCUACUCCAACAAGAGCAGCGGUAAAUCAACAAGUGGCAUCAACGAGGAAAUCAUCUGGGUCAGCAUAGGCAUGGCGAUAGCGAUAGCCGUGCUCAUAGUCAUCGCGCUCUGCUAUAUUCUCUGCGAGAAGUGCUCUAAGCGGCGCGCGCACCGGGAGCAGUCAUGACGAUACAAGCAGGAGUUCGCGCGCCACGCGCUCUCGGACUCCCUCGUCGACUUCGACUUCCCCCACUACACCCUCUACCCCCAGUACUCCCCCGACGGAAAGGAGUACUACUAC